ACCAGAAAGGUUGCAUCAGAGAUACUGCUUCCGGUGAAAGUUAAAAAAUAGAGUUUCACAACAGGACACAUAUUUUGCAAAGAUCUGAAAAUUUCUAUAUGGUUGGUAGUAUAGAACAGUCAGUAUGGGUGUACCGAAAUUCUAUAGGUGGGUUAGUGAAAGAUACCCGUGCCUCAGCGAAUCUGUUAAAGAAUUCCAGAUUCCUGAAUUUGACAACUUGUAUUUGGACAUGAACGGUAUCAUCCACGUCUGCUCUCAUCCAGAAGAUGAUAAUCCACACUUCAGAAUCACAGAGGAGAAAAUCUUCAAAGAUAUUUUUCAUUACUUGGAGUUCUUGUUCCGAAUGAUCAAGCCUAGAAAAGUGUUUUUCAUGGCCAUAGAUGGAGUGGCACCAAGAGCAAAGAUGAAUCAGCAGAGAGGCAGGAGAUUUAGAUCAGCACGAGAAGCUGAGGCUUUGGAGAAAAAAGCUAGAGAAUCUGGAGAAGUUCUGCCUACAGAAAAAAGAUUUGAUUCCAACUGCAUCACUCCAGGUACAGAGUUUAUGGUAAGACUACAGGAGCAAUUGAAGUACUUUGUCACCAGUAAAAUUUCCAGUGAUCCUUUAUGGAAUGGAGUGAAUGUGUACUUAUCAGGACAUGAGACACCAGGAGAAGGGGAACACAAAGUCAUGGAUUUCAUCAGGUGUGAGAAAUCUAAUCCAGGCUAUGACCCAAAUACCAGACACUGCCUCUACGGACUGGACGCAGAUCUGAUGAUGCUUGGGUUAGCCACACAUGAGCCACAUUUCUCACUUUUGAGAGAAGAAGUUCGAUUUGGAGGGAAAAAAGACAGAAAUAAAAGACCCGCCACCCCCGAAGAGACCACAUUCCAUCUCCUUCAUCUCUCUCUGUUCAGAGAGUAUCUGGAUUUUGAAUUUAAUUCCCUCAAGGACAAGCUGCCCUUUGAGUAUAAUCUGGAGAACAUCAUUGAUGACUGGAUCCUGAUGGGCUUCCUGGUGGGGAACGACUUUAUUCCUCACCUCCCCCACCUUCAUAUCCAGCAUGAUGCUCUCCCAACACUGUGGAAAACCUACAUGACCAUUCUCCCAGAAUGUGGGGGAUAUAUGAAUGAAGGGGGUCAUUUAAACCUAGAGAGAUUUCAAAAGUUCAUGAAUGAAUUAGCAAAGUUUGAUUUAGAUAAAUUCAGUGAAGUAUUCACAGAUCUUAAAUGGUUUGAAGGAAAGAAAGCAGAGAAAUCUGAGAAUGAGCAAUUGGAGGGAAGAACUAAAAAGAAGAAGGAGAGCAUGAACCAGUUCUUGGUAUUAGAAUCUCUGGAUAACAGUGAUACAGGCAAUUCCUUUCAACCAAGCACAAGUGAAGAGAUACCAAGAUCCAAUGAAGCUGAGGAAUCGAUGGAGGAGGAGGAGGAGGACAGUGACACGUUCGAUGAGGAAUUCCGCCUCCAUAAGCGUCAUUACUACAUGACGAAGCUGGAGUACGAGAACGUGGACAAGCAGGUACUGAGGGAACAGUGUGAGGAGUAUGUCCGGGGCAUCCAGUGGAUUCUCCUCUACUACUUCGAGGGAGUCCCGUCAUGGAGCUGGUUUUAUCCUCACCACUAUGCACCAUUCAUCAGUGAUGUGGCCGAUUUUACGGAUAUGAAGAUUGAGUUUGAGAUGGCGACUCCUUUUUUGCCUUUUGAGCAGUUGAUGGCUGUGUUACCAGCAGCAAGUAAAGAACUGCUACCAGAACCUUAUCAGAGACUUAUGACCCAGGACAUCUCUCCGGUGAUAGACUUCUACCCCGUAGAUUUCAACACUGAUCUGAAUGGUAAACAGCAGGAGUGGGAGGCCGUGGUCCUCAUACCAUUCAUUGACGAGAAAAGACUGUUGGAUGCAAUGAAAUUAGUGGAGAAUGAACUCACACCAUCAGAGAAGAGAAGGAAUUCUCACGGCCCCUGCCUCCUGUAUGAUUACACACCGACCCCACAGGAGCCCUACCAGUCAUCUCUGCCCAAAGAAUUUCCUGAUAUUAUUAUUAACCAUGCCAGAUUGACAGAGCUGGGAGUGGAUGCUUUCAGGGUGGAGCCUGACAGAAUGGUGAAGGGUCUGAUGCCUGAUGUUAGACUGGAUGUCUUCUUUCCUGGAUUUCCUACCCUCAAACAUAUAAAACACAAGGCAUUCCUGAAGAAGGAGGGUGUCAAAGUAUUCCAGAUGAACAGCCGGAAUGAAAACAUGAUGCUCGAGAUUGUUGAGGAUCCUGACAGGUCGAUGGACCUUGAAGCAGUUGCAGACACUCUGUUGGGAAACUCCACAUUUGUUGGAUGGCCUCAUUUGUAUGAAGCAAAGGUAGUUCAGGUGUCCAGCGAUACAGAAAGGUUUGUACUCGUGGAAUCUCCCAGGAAGGGAGGGAAGAGCCCCAAAACCCAGGAAAUCGUGAAGGAAUCCCAAAACAACACGGAAAGCAGUGUCUGGCACAGGGAGGUGUCUAGUAUCAAAGACAGAUACCACGAUAGGCUGGGAGUUGUGAUUGGAGAAACUUCCAUUUUAUUGAAAGUCUUGCCGAUGAAUGGCAGAACGUAUGUGUGUGGAUCGCAAGGCGUGAUAACACUUCAGAAACAAUUUGCACAGAACCAUGUUCCAUUUGUGUAUCAAGCUACAGUCAAAGAUAUAUCAGUCCAUGAUCCCAGCUUCUGUCAGUACAAGACCCUGUCUGAGCUGUUUCCGGUGGGGGAGAUGGGGUUUAUGUUGGGGUGGCCACACUACGGCUGUCAGGGGGAGGUUUUGGAUGUGGAGGAGGGAGAAAGCCCUAGAGUCAGGAUCAAUGUCACCACCCUAGAGGAACCCAACCUGGCUAGAUUUAACAAUACUGAGAGGUACAAUGACCAAUAUUACGCAUCAUUCUCAGCAGCCCAGUGGCUGGGAAUUAGCUCCCAUUUCCUGUCGCGCAUCACUGGUUCCAUAUUUAUUAAGCCUGGAUCUCGGGAGGAUCCAAAGGAUGCCCACAUGGUGAAUAUAGGCCUCAAUCUAAAGUUCACCAAGAGGAGUGAGGAGGUUCCCGGGUACACGAAAUUAACACCUGAGGGAUGGUUGUACUCCCAGAAAGCUGUGGAUGCUGUUGUGGCAUACCUGGAAGAGUUUCCUGGCAUGUGGGACAUUGUGGGCAACAUGGAUAGAGAGAGAAAAGAUGUUUUGUAUGAGGGGGAUGUCUUCAAAAACUUGAGUGUGACUAUGGACAAGGUUGUGGAAUAUUUGAAGGCCCAGCCCUACUCCCAGAUCAAACCCCAGAAAGUCGGAGCUGAUGUGCUAGAUGAGGGAGUCAUCAAGGCCAUCGAAAAAGAAGUCAUAAUUGUCAAUGAAAGAAAUCAAAAGAUGGUCAAUGUGAAGAAAGUGAAGAUGCAGGUGAAGCCUUAUCUGUUGUACAAGCCUCUGCUGAUCCAAGGAGGUGUGUUACCGGAUCCUACAGUGCAGUUUGAAAUAUUUGACCGCAUUGUCAACAUAAAGAGUGGAUACUCAGUUCCGUUUGGCCUGAGGGGGACUGUGGUAGGGAUACAGAAAGGGGAGAAAGAUUCGGAAACCAUGUAUGAUGUCAUAUUUGAUGAGGAGUUUCCAGGUGGAAUAAUUAUCAGGGGCUCCUCGGCGAGAGGGUACCGACUUCUAUCAGCAGCCAUGAUCAAUAUCACACACGGAGCUCGCAAAAAUAAUGCUGCGAAAGAAUUGAAGUCAAAAUCUAACCAACAAAAUGUAGGACUGUCUCAAAACAAUAACUUCUCAACUGGUUCCCCAUAUCAACAGAAACAGCAACCUUACUACCCCGGGAACCAGAAUAAGGCACACAGUUCUUAUGCUGAUGCUUUUAGAGGAGGUCAAGGGUCAUACAGCGACUUCAAGAAUAGGAAUGAUAAUCGAAGAUAUAAUGACUAUGGGUAUCAUGAGGAUGACUGGGGUUACAGUGAUUAUGGGAGGGGACAAAAAGGUUCAUUUAGACAGGGAAAUUAUGGAGGAAGGGGCAACCCUGGGGAUUACCAAGCCAAUAUAGAUUAUGACGGUUACAAUGACAGGGGACAUUACUCUGAGAGUCCACGGGGGAAAGGCAGCUCUAACAAUAGUGACAGAGGAUGGAGGAACCAGACAGGAAGCAGAGACAUGAGGCAGCAACAGAAGGAAGAGAUCGGGAGGGAGAACCAGAUUAAGUCACAGCAGAAUAAAUCUCAGAAUAAUGAGUCAUCAGCCAGUGGUGACCUAGAUUUACGACAACAGAGCUUUGAUGGCAGUGAUUCCACGAAGCCUACUUUUGUGACCCCUAAAAUUUCAAAACAGGCCAGAAAAGAGGGCAGUGCAAGAAAGAGUAUCCCCGAUGGACAGAGUGAGUUUGCCAACAUGUGGAAGGAGCUGCAGUCCUCUAACAAAACCGACCCUGAAAAGACGGUGGAGAAACCAUCAGUCACGUUAGAUCAGGCAGCUACAGCACUAGACAAGGUCCCCAGCCCCCAGAAACCCAUCAGUGAAGACAAGAAACCCCAGAACACACUGGAGAAACUGUUCACUCAGGCCAAGUCUGCAAAGGAGUCCCAGGAAUCUGCAGAAACAACAAAUUCUGCUGCAGAGGAGACAACAGCUGCCCUAAAACAGAUGCUGAAGAUUGGAUCGGACCCCGGUAGUACAAAUGAUAAUCCACCUCCAAAGUCGGAGAAAGCUUAUGGGCGACAGCUUUCACUUCAAGAAUUAUUUGAUGGAGCAAAACAGCUACCCCCAACCACCCAGCUAGCCCCUGGUCAGUCUGCCCAGGAGAGCCCAAGACAAAAAUCAUCAAAAGAAGGACAGCCACCAAACCAAAGAAACCAAGCACCCCCACAUCACCAAGGCAACCGAAGAAACCCGGUGGUGGAUUUAACUGCCUGGUGCAGGUCUCAAGGAAAACCAGAACCUAGAUAUGAUUUUUUAGGACAGCCCGGCUCUUUCUGCUGUAUUGUCACUUUACCUGAUGGUGCUAGAUUUCAAGGAUCUCGCAUGAGGAGUCAUCAGGAAGCCAUUGAAAAUGCGGCAGCCAUUACCUUGCUUCAGAUAGGAGCUUUACCUAUGAUGGGAAUGCCGGGCAUGAGACCAUUAGCGUCACCAAAUUCUGCAUUCAAACCAGUGUCACAGAUGUUUCAACAUCAUGGUAUGGCCCCGAACAUGAGGCAUCCUAGGCAGCAUGGCCCACCCCACCAACAGUAUUAUGGACCUCAGCAGCAUGGAAACUACAGGCAGCAAUCAACCAAUUAUCAUAGCUAUAACAAACCUAACUCGGCUAGUCAUUAUGGCCCUAACAAUCAGAACCAAGGCCCAAGAAAAGUUCAAGCAGCCAAUCAGAGCACUAGACAUGGAGAGAGAUUAUCAAACUCUGCAGAAAGGAAAUCUGAUUUAGACCCAAAUUGCAACCCUUUUGUACCUCUUCAGGUAACAAUACAGCAGAAAACUCCAACCAAACGGAAAGAAUCAGACUCGGAAAAAGUCAGUGAAAGGACUGUGACAGAGACUGUGGUCAACGAAGGAGCUAGGGGUACGGAUAAACACCAGACAUCAACACUCGGUUUUAGAGACUCAUAUCAAACUGUGAUAAACCCAAACACUGAAGUCAAAUCCACGUCAAAGGAGCCAUCGGAGCAGAAAAAAAGAGAAAAAAUGCCGCAAAAAACUCAGACUGGGCAGCAAAAGAGAAGACCUAGAAUUGCAGCCAACUUUAAUUUUGGUGCAUCAUAAAUGUGUUUCUCAAGAAAUAAUUGACAUUUAUAUUUUGAAAAAAAUCUGGGAAAUUUGAGCCUGGAUGCUAUUCUUUUAUAAUCAUGGUGAUACACAAGGUUUCAGCAUCAUGUACUGCAAGAUUGAUUUGAGUUAUCAAAAAUGGUCCGUCCAGAUAUGUUGUAAAAUACACAUACAGUGGACAUUUUGUAAUAUGAAGAAUUACAUUUUUUUAAUCUGUGAAAUGAGAGUCUUUAAAGUGUUUGUGGAUCAAAUCACCAGUGCUGUUAGUAAAUGUUUUGUAUGCAUUAAAGAUUUAUCAAAUUUUCAACAUGUUAUUGAAGUACAUUCACAUUUAUGUAUUUUCGUGUUUGUUUAUAUGUGGAGUCCGGUAGAUCCUCCAGAAUACCUUUGAUAUGAAUCCUGUCUUAUUUCAUUGUUCUAGUGAAAGUCAUUUCAGUUUUAUGUGUAUCAAGAUGUUCAAUAUCGAUUUUAAAUUUUUCAUGGUACAAUGUACUUGCAUUUUAGUAGGUCUCAAGAUGAUGAAAUUACUUCUGCGUAGUAUGUGUGUAUAUCAAUAAAAUUUGUCUACUUCAUUUAUACAUGUAUGUACAUGAAUAUGUAGAGUUAUUGAGAAUUUUAGUAUUGUGAAGUAUUUCAUCAAUUAUCAGUUUAGAAUUUUUGCAGAUUUUUUUCUCUUGGAACCUACUAUGAAUCUGUUCACCCAUUCUAAGUGGAAUUUUUGUAUUGUUCUGUAAACCCAGUCUACAGUUUGAAUGAGAUGAUAAAAUCCUGCUAAUUCACA